AUGGAAGAUCAAAAGAAAACAGAUGUAAUUAAAAACAUGAGAACUGUCCUUCCCCCACUCAAUCUCAAAGACUCUGAAACCCCAGAACAACAAUCUUUACCUUCUACCCAAAUCCCACCCCCUGCCACUAACUCAAUUCGACCUUUUAAUGGCCCAAAUCCUUCUGAAAGUCCAAAUAAUUCCAAUUCCAGCACUUAUAACUUCAGAACUGAACAAGUUCCACCUCAGUCCAGAUAUACUAGCCAUGCACAUACACCUUAUAAUCCCUAUGCUAAACCUCCUCCUGGUUAUCCUCCCGGUCGUAAACCUCCUCAUGCCCAGACAAGGUACUUCCCACCCGCCCGCCAGUACGCUUAUAUGGGAGAAAUACCUCCUCGUGGUCCUCCUUCACCCCGUCGACCCCCUCGACCUAUGGCUCCUACCGCUCCUCCUGCUAUUCUUAUGCCCGAUGUUGGUUCUUCAGCUAAAGUCCAGAUAAAGGAUGCUAUGCGCUACUUAGAUGUAGUUAAGGAAGAGUAUCGCGAUCAAAGAGAAGUCUAUAACAAAUUCUUAAAGACCAUGAAAGAUUACAAAGAACGUUUAAUUGAUGCUAAAAGUGUAGUUGAAGUUGUCUUAUCUCUUUUUAAUGGUAAUCAAAAACUCAUUCAGGGGUUCAAUCUCUUUCUACCUAAAAAGUACGAGAUUAUGCCUUCUGGUGAAGUAAGAGUCCAUGAAAGUUCGGAAAGAGAAGUAGGUAGUACGGGUCAUAGUAGUAGUAGUAGAUACGAGUUAGAGAGAGAAAGGGAGAGGGAGAGGGAAAGAGAGAGAUUGGGUGGUAGUAGUGGUAAUAAUCCAAGUCGUGAUUUAGAAGGGAUGGGGAUUGGGUUUAGACCGCAAGGAUCAGCAGCUGAAGCAGAUGAUACGGCUCGAGUAAUGACUUACCUGAACAAAGUAAGAAGACAUUUAGAAAGUAAUCCGGUGGCUUGGUUUGAGUUCUUAAAGAUAGUUCAGUCUUAUAAAAGUGCUCGUAAUCAGUCUAUUCCAGAGAUUCUAGCUAGUGUUAAGGUCUUACUGAAAGAUAAUCCGGCUUUAAUUGAAGAGUUUAUGAUCUUCUUACCGGGUUCUAAUGUUCCUGAUUCAGCCCGGACGAUGGCCUUAUCACGAACUAGUCCUGGGGAUUCAGUGGCUAUGCUUAGUGAUAUUAAGGCAAUUUUAGUCCGGAAAGGUGUUUAUAAGGAAUUCUUAAAGGCUUUGAACAUGUUUAAUCAAGGUUUACUUAAUACGUCAUCUUUAAUUUUGGUUAUUGAACCUUUCUUACGUUCAGCACCUUCUUUAUUGUCUUUGUUUAGGUACUAUAUUGGUCAUCGGGAGUUAGAAUCACCACCUUAUGUUCAGUCUUCUUUAGAAGGGUAUAAGAAGAUGGGAUCUUAUCGGAUUUUACCUGAGAAGUACCGGAAAUCUGCGCAUACGGGUCAGACUCCGGAAGAUGCUUCUGUUUUGAAUACGGACUUGAUCUCAUGUCCGACUUUUUCCAGUGAGAGUUCGACCUUUAUCUUUGCUAAGAAGAACGUUCAUGAAGAGGCUUUAUUCCGGGUAGAAGAUGAGAGGUACGAGGCUGACUUACUCCUGGAAAGAGUUUCGGGCCUGAUUUUAAGACUGAUGGAAGCAGAGAGAGUAGCUGCUGAGGUGGCUAAUGAUCCUAAGGAAGUAAGUGGAUCUGGUCCUGUUUUGGACUUAUCAGCAAUUGAUAAGGAAGUUUUAUCUUUGGUUUAUGGCUCAGCAGCUGAUGAUAUUAUCUUAGGUUUAAUUGCUCAUCCUUUAAGAGCUGUACCGGUGGUUUUACGGCAAUUAAGAGGGGCGGAGACACAAUGGGUACGGGUUCGAGCGGCUUUAUCUGAUAUUUGGCGGGCUUCAGUCGAUCGUAAUUACAUUAAGGCUUUGGACGUGAAAGGGUACCGCGCUCGAAGUGGGGAGAGGAAAGUCUCACUCAGUCGGCAGUUUGCUAAGGAGUUAGAAACUCAACGGGAACUUGAAUUUAUUCUGCCGGCUUUUACGGUAGUUCAGGAGGUUCUUGAUAUUUUAGCUGGAGUUUGUCAGGCCGAUAGGUCUUUACUGGCUUUGCUUGGUUCUUUACUAGCUAAACCUGAUGUCUUUAUGGUAACGGCUAGUUUAUAUGCAGUUUUACGGGGGAUAGCUACGAUAGGUGUAAGAAUAGUAGAAUCAGUACAUGGUCCACGCGUUAAGCCGGCGCCUAAUCAAGUAGCUUUAUCUUUGGGUUUACAAGAACCGGUGGCUGAAUUGGAUGUCCCUGGAGUAAUUGCUUUAGUACGUAGUCAUAUUCAAGGGGACUUAGAUGCCACUCGGUUUGAGGAACAGUUAUUACGGAGUUUAGGUCUAUCAGGAACAGGUUUAGUAGGUAUUGCUGGUGUAUUUCAAAAUGUAGCUGCUAUGAUUGAUGGUUUAGAGGAUACUUUAGGGAGUACAGAUGUUUUAGAAAGACUAUCUAAACGUAAUGAAGUACCACUAACUAAUGUAUCUGCCUUAUUACUACGAGGUAUAUCUUUAGUUAAAGUAUCUAUAGUCCGAGUUGCUAGUAGUAGUACUGAUAUGGGUGUAGUUAGUAGUGGUAAUGAGAUGAGUAGUGGUGGUAGUGAGAUAAGUAGUAGUAGUAGUGAGAAAUUGAAGGCAAUGAUUAGUCGAGUGCCUAGUGUGCAUGGUGGAAGUGCGUGGUCUGAGUAUGUAAAGAGUUAUGGCCAGGAAGAGGGCGAAGAGACUACUCCGUUCUUGCGGCGCACAGUUGGCCGGAAGAGAAAGGCUGAAGUGAGCUAUGGAAUGGAGUGCAUGUUUGUGGAAGACAAGUUUCGCGUUAAGCCAGUUGCUGGUACUGAAGACUUCGUGCGUAAACGCCGGGCUUAA